CCCACAUCAGUGUCGUGUUUUCCGUCGGAGGGCAAACUCAAGUAAAUUCGCUCAUUGUGGUUCCCUUGACGAAUUUCGGCCGACUACUGACCCUCGGCGUGACGAUUUGGACAGUGAAAAGUCUGUGAGCUACCCGUAGCAGGCUCACCAAUGCCUCCCUUGAAGUCAGUUGAGCGUUUGGAGAAACUGUGUAGUUGGUCCAUUGCCAAUCAUCUGUUUAGUGUAUUCUCUUCAUGGUAUACAGCGGAAAAUGGUUGUCAUUUUGUAAAUGACCUGACCUCCAUUGAAAGUGAUGAAGUGAUCGAGCCGUUACAGAGAAGAGGUAGUCAGUUCAUGGACUAUGACUGUGAGGAUUCAAGUGGCUGUGAGGAAUACGAGGCUUGGUAUCUCGACCACAUGACACAUGGUGACCUUGACAAAUCAUCCCCAAGUUUGUUGACCCCCAUACCAAAGCGCUGUCUCUCGGUCAAUGCAGUCACUCGUUGGCUGGCUAGAGAAGUUCGAGACUUUCUCCUAUGUUCUUUAGCUCCAAGAUUCCACGAGGACAUAUUAGCAACUGUGCUUAAUGUCAUUGCUAACAGGACCGAGAUCCCGAGACCUAAAGAUAAAACCCGCAUUUUUGAGGAGGAUUUGGAGUUUAUCAGGAAAUUAGGGUUCUUGCUGAGUAUAUCAUUACAAAGCCUCCUCAACAAAGGGGUUACCACUUUGGAUUUCUCUCAUAUCUCCCACCUGGUGAAGAAGUGGAAGUUAGUCUUGUGGGGUGAUGCUGUUAUUUGCUUGUGUGAUGGAGGUGAAAACUUUGAAAAUUCCUAUUUUGAUAUUUUUGGAUAUGCAAUAGACGCUUCGCUGACGGGACUGAAAACACUCAGACAGAUCAAGUUACCCCAUUUUGUUCAUAACAGUUUUGUGAGGAAAAUUGCGUAUUUGUGUCCCAACCUUGAAGUCUUGAUUCUGCGUUGCUCAGCCGACUGUGCCAAUCCCGAGCAUAAUGUCCCAGUAGUUACGAACAUAGACGUUCUUUAUGGUGGAUCGGUUGUUCUACCCAAUGGGCAGCACCGUGUGAUCCCAGGCUGUAAAGAUUUAGUGACCUUAGCAUUGCCAGAAGGCGUUGAAACAUUGGACGUGACUAAUGAUGCCAUUGAAAUGUUAGCUUAUAUGCCAAAUCUUGAACAUCUUGUGGGGGCUCCAAUGAUUUAUGUGACUGAGGAGUUCGAGGAUAUAUUCGAAACUCUCCCCGGGCUACAGAAAUUGACAAACUUCCAUCAUGGUGUUUACGAUAAGAAAAACUGGCCAUCUUUUGUGUAUGAGGAAAGUCUUCAGGAACCCAACCCUGAUUAUUUGUCCAGGGUGUUCUCCCAAGUCACUGAAGUGGGCAUCUAUGCGCCAAGUGAGGUGACAGAAAAUGUCCUGAAAAGUUUCUCGAAAGCAAAGAAUAUCACCAUAUUUACAGAUGACUUUGAAGUGCACGGAAGGUACUUGAGGAAUUUAACUACUCUGGACAUCAACGUUGGCUACCAGGAGGAAUGGUCGAUACUCACGGCUCUCUCGGAGUCUUGCCCAAACUUGGAGCAGCUAACUCUGCGGUCAUUCUCUUUGCAGAUGAGUGGAGGUGUUGAUCAGAAACCUCAGUUUCCCUUCAUGCACACACUAAAAUUUCAUGGUCAGAAUGUGUUACAAAGCGACGCUCUCUUUGCAGUCCUCUAUGGAUGUCCCCAUCUCACGUCGUUGGUGCUCUCUAUGAUAACCGACGAGCACGGAGACACGCAGUUAACUGAUAAUAUUUUGAUUCAGGCAGUGCCGAUGAUGAGUAACUUGCAGAAAUUUGUUUACAAGGUGCAAAGUGCUUUGAGGACAAUGGAUGGAAUUCCCUCUUGCGUUACCAUGAAGUCGUGCGAUGCUCUACUAAGUGCCUGCCCACAGUUGACGUACCUCGGACAGUUGGAAACCUGGAAAGUGACAAAGGCCGAAAUACAAAUGCUGCAGGAAAAGGCGAGGAAAAAUAACUGGGACCUCGAGAUUGUAUGAUGAGUUCCGUGUUGGGGUUUCAAUCCGUUUCAGAAUUGUUGACUGUACGUUCGCAAAGGGUUUACAGUACGUAUAGCAUUGAUGUGGUAAAUGGUAUAUGGUACAAUGGAUGUAGUUAGUGACAAUAAACUAUAUAGUAUAGGUUUUAUGGACAAAAUAUAACAAUCUGUAAAGGACAGUACAUUCGUAUGACUUAAAGUGCAUAGUGACUUUGCUGGAGAAUGCAAAGGUGAUUCAUAGCUGUCUACAAGGGGACAAUGUGUUCAUUGUAAUUUGUUUUUUGCCUUAUUUGUUAUUUCUUUUUCGCGAAAGAAAUGUUUAGAAUAGGAUUGUGAUAUUUGUAAGGCUGUGUUAAUAUGGUAAGGAAGGGAGAAGAAUGAUUUUAUUUUUUUUUACACCUAAAAAAAAACUGCUAUAUCUGAAUCAGUCCUCCAUUACAAGUGAGCCAUAGUAUACAGUAUCUGAAACAAUUUUUCUACUAUAUGUUACAAAGUAUUAUAUGAAAAUAUUUAAAGAAAUGAGAAUUGUUUUUGCCCAAAAUCUAGAAAAGAGAGACUUGGAGCUUUAUUAAGCAUCACAGUCGAUAUAAAAAGGUCUUUUAAGUGAAUCUUAAUGAGAUGGACUUGAAUGCAUAGCACAUUUCAAAGCCUUUAUUUUCCUAAGAAAAAUGGUUAGAAUACAAAUUAACAUCAAGAAAGUACAAAUUCACUAAAAAAUAUAAUUAACAAAGAGUAUUUUUAAGUAUAUUCAGUGAAACUAAGGUGCAGUAUUGUCUCUAUUCUAGCUUGUAUUCUUAAUUUUGUAAAAUAUUGAAUGGAAAGUAAAUUAUUGGACAAAAAGACUGGAGACUCCAGACUUAAAUGUAAACUUGUAAUUGUAUUAGUGUUGUGUUUGUCGUGGCAUGCACUUAGAAUGUUUGUUUCCAGACCCCUACAGUUAGGUUUUUAGUAGAUGGAAAUAUCUUGUUCAUAUUAUUUACAUUCUUUUGUUUUGAGAGGACGUCUAGGGAGUAUUUAAUUUAUUUUUCUGUUAUAAUCUGAUUUUUAUAUGCUGGGAAUUAAGAUAUUUAUGGAUACUCAUUCCUCUUUUCCAAAUACUACAGUAUUGUAAACAUGUCCACAUAUUGUUUGUAUACCAGUGGCUUAAAGUCACCAGAUCAGUCCAAUUUAUAGUGAGACUUACAUAUAUUUGCAAAUAUUGGUUUUGUAUAAUAAUUACCAAAUAGGGUCCUUUUUUUUAAAAUGAAAGAGGAAAUUUCAGUUUCUGUUGGUCAACUGUUUACUUGGCUUAUAUUUAAUUUAGAAUAGUACUUAAAAACACUUAAAAAACAAAAUCACAAUGGAGGUAGACAAACAUGGAGCUACCAGUUCUAGGGCUCAUCAGGAGCUAGUAAGAUCGCUUAGGCUAAUUGCUAUCUUUUUACAUUGUCAUGAAAAUGUAAAUUACUCUCUUAAGAGUUUUACAGUUCUCACCUAAACACACUACAGAAGAACUAAGGAUAGCAGAGCAUUUUGACCUUCCUAAGAAAACUAACCUAGAAUAGAGGCAGUGCUCGAAUUCCACUGAAUAUAUUUUGUUUAAGAUAAUCUUUGUUUUUUUCAUAUCUGUUUGUUAGUGAAUUGUAUUUUUUUACAUUUUGUAUUUUAAUGGUGCUGUUGUACUUUUGAGCAUGUAAACUUAAUAAAGUUUGAAAGUGACUCAUAGGCAAGUCGGGUUGUUGCUUACAUAAAUGAUGCUCAGAUAUUCAAUGCCUCAAGUUCUCCUUAGCAAACAUUAAUACAGAAAUAUAUAAGUCUUUAUAUUAAUGUUUUCAGAAAUAUAUUUUUGCAAAGUAUUUUAUCAUAGUUUCAGAUGCACUGUAUAGAAAAAUGAAUAGAGUAUUUAAUUUAAUUUAAUAAGUUUAUACUGUUGUCACUAUACUUUGAAGAUCAUGAAUAAGGCAAAGAGACCUUCAAAAGUGAGUUAUUUAUUUUGCUGUCAUUGCAUGGUUUAAUUUCUUCCUGUUAUUUUAAGCAUUCAAAAUGUUAGUUUCUGCCUUAGGUAAUUCAUUACAGUAAUUGAAGGUUAUGCCUUAAUUUAUGCUCAAGAAGGGAUUGUUGCCCAUGUAUAGGACCCCACUGAAUGAAUUUGGACGAGUCUUGUCAUAAUGUUAGUGUCAUUGUGAUUGGCUGAUAUAGGCCAGCUAUUUAACCCAAAAUAGGGGACAUUGUGGUCACUUUUGACAGGUAGCAUUUUAUAAAAUUUUCGUUGAGUAAACUUGUUAUAGUACAGUUUAAUUUUACAGUUACAAUGCAUGUUCAGUUAAAAAGUGAAUGUUUAUUAUUAUUAUUACUUUCAAGUGAACUGCAUUUGUACUUUUAUUAUUUGUACUAGGGAACAUUGUUUAUGGAAUGUAAUUUCAUUUAAAGGGAUAACUCUGCUGUCUGUAUCUAUAGUUUUUAUUCUCAUAAAUACAAACUAUUUCUUUACAAAUUCCAUUUUCCAUUUCAGUGCCAUUCAAAUUCUUGUAAGGUAGAGGUUUGUAAAUGGUCUCCAUUCUUAAUAUACAAUGACAGCAAAAAGAGAGAGAGAGAGAGAGACUAUUACCUUGUUUGUAUAAUGUUAAACUUCCUAAUUAUUAACAUCACUCGAUGAUUCAAAUUGUGUUAUAGUCACGACAAUCAUUUUCCAGCAUUGUGUUUUUCUCCAGUUCCUAGGCACUCAAGUCUUCUAUGUUUUUGUGGUAACUUGGACAUUUGUUUAUCAGGAUCACUGAAUUCCAUUUAACAUUCAUUGUCUGUACAUUGUAGAUUGUAUAUGACUUAUGCAUAAAGUUUUAACACAGAUAUUGUGGCCUUCCUUGGGCAUUCUGGGCUGCCCUUCCUUGAGCAUUUGGAUUUUCAAGAUACCAUUGCAGUAGGUUUGGCUUCCCUUCAAGAUUCUACAUGUGAAGCUGUUGUGUCUGUUUUGACAGCUCCUGCUAUUAACCCUUCAGGGAUAUCACCUUAUCUGUGGAUGUUUGAGAGGUUGCGAUGACCCGUUCAUGUCGGGGUUGAGGAAACAUUCUGUGCUUUAUCAUCAUCCUCUUCUUUCUCCUCUCUGAACUGUAGGAAGAAGGUUCAGCCAUACUCUGCAAGGUUAUACAACCAUCCUCUCUAUGUUGAGCAUGGUGACGAUCCCACAAGCAAUUUGCAGGGGAUGAUGAUUGUGGGAGGGAUGGGUGCUUUGGCGCACAGGUCUGUCUCUGAUCUCUGUUGCAUGUGUCUGCUCAUGCAAGAACAUGACUGUGUGGUUUUGUUAUUGCCUUCCUUUGAUAGUAGAGCAUCUGGUUGAUUCAAGCCAUGCAUGCAAUAUCAGACUACUGAGUUGUUCACAUGCAGUAAGACUGGUAUUUUGUUUGCCUCAAGCUUUAUGCUGCAUGGGUCAGUAGAGUGGCAGUGUUCCUGUAUGUUGCUUGGUUGGUAUUUACUCCUGUGGCAUGACAACAAUUUUAAGUGACCAUUUAAAGAAACUUUAUCACCUUCUGAGCACAACUUCAUUCCUGAGUUUCAUCACUUGCAUUCUUCUCAAUCACCAAAGCAGAAGUGCAGCUGGGCUGCCAUGUCCCUCUCUUCUUUGGUGGUACUCCCAGCUCUCGGUCACAGAUAAUGCCAGAUCUGAUGAUUCCUUGCCUAUCAUAGAGCCUGUGCUUGUCAAACUAGAGAGGGCAUUUUUUUUUUUUAUGAUCACUAGGCUCUUUCAUGAGUUCAAUAGUCUUAGGGAAGUAUCCAGGGUAACCUCUCAAUGCUUGGUUUCUUCUGUCCAAUGCAUUUUAGGUUUCACCCCCAGAGUGCACCAUCCUGUUGGUUACCCAGGCCCACAUUUGCAUGGAGCAUACCUCUAGGAAGUUGAUUCUCUGAUCUUUGGACCAGAGAAUUUGCUUUCUCGGUUUCCAACACAAAGAACCACCUUAAGUUUGAGAGACGUGGGAAAGGAAUUUUUUCUCCCUCUGUUGUGGUAGCAUUACCUUCAUUGCAAGCUAUGCCAUAGCAGAACUUUCAAGGCUAAACAUGAUGGCAAACUUUUCAUAUAAAAUACUUUGGCUUUUUAUCUUCCUCAAAAUUUUCCAUAUUUAGACGUACGUAAAAAUACUGGUUUUCAGAUGAUUAAGAGGUGCAAUCACCUUGGUUGGUUUUUGACCACAAAAGCAGGCUAUACAUAUGAUAGAAUAGCAAAGUAGUUUUGCAACAAAAACCCCCUUUUGUUGGUCUUUGGGUUCAUUUUCCCUGCUUUUAGUGCUUCUCUCCCCUCUGGUCUUUGUAUGUAUUUUUAUAGAAGGGGUAUUGUGCCCUUGUAAUGUUCCCUUUAAUUUCACUUACACAUUAAUUUUGUUGUGAUGCUGAAUUUUUAUUUUGUACAUUACUGUUUGCAUUUCUGAUCGUAAUUAUUUUAUCAUUUGAGGCUUCAUGUAAGAAAAUGGCAAAUUGUGUUACAUCUUUUCAUUGCUAUUCUGAUCAUGAAGUUUUUCCCAGACUAAUUUAUUUUCAUGUACAUGCAUUUAAUGUCAAUAUUUUUGGUAUGUACUUUGUAAUCACCUGAGUGAUUACAAAGUACAUACCAAGUACAAGAUAAUGACCAUAUGAAUACGAAUAUUUGUGUUAAGUACUGCAUAUUGCCAAAAAUUAAUCACUUGUGGUGAAAAUUAUUUUGUUACCUCUUGAGAAACACAAGUUUGUACAAUCUGUAAAUAAGAUUUCAUAUCUUACAAAAAGGAUCAAUAUACAGGCAGUUGGUAGUUAUGUAUUUAAAAGUACAUUACUGUAUGUUAAGGGAAAUCUAAAAAGAAAUUAUAAAAUAGCUUUAUUUUAUGAAAGUCGGGGAUACAGAAGACAGUUGAGCUAAUGCACAAUAUUUUUGAGUUCAUUAGACAUUAGGGAGAAAAAUGAUGCAUGGAAUUUAAAGGAAAUGGCUUUUGAUAUUAUAACAACUUUAUAUUUUGUGGUUAAUAUUAAGGUGUCAAACUUCAGUUUUGUGAGAAAUUUAUAUAGCACAGAUGUUGUAUUAAUGAUGUACCUCAGAUUAGUUUAAUGUAUCUAUAUUUCUAUCUUGCAUCCACUGAAAAUUUAACCAUGGAAAUUAUAGUUACAAUCUUGAUACAAAAAAAAUAUUCUUUAAAAAUAAAUACUUUUUAUGAAAGCUAUUAUGGAAAAAAAAAAAAUUAUAAUUUUUCAUUAUUAUGAAUAAAAGGUAAAUUUAAAAGGCUCUUCUUUGAUACAAAUGGGUUGAAUAUAAAUGUACAUUUAAUUCAAGUGAAAUGAAUGAAAAUUAUGUACUGUAUCCCAGUCUAGAUGCAUUUUAUCCCUUUCCCUGUAAAUAAAGAAAUACAAUGCAUGUAAUAAAAUGUAAAAAUAUCUACUAAAAUAA